AAGAGGAAAACAGCUCACACGUUUCGUGGUAGCCUCCAUUAACAGGAAGUUAGCGAUCUUACCAUACUAGUAAUAUUUUGUAAUUUCCUCGAGACUUCAACAAUAAUAGGGUUUAUAGAAAAUGGCGUUAAAAAGGAUAAACAAAGAAUUACAAGAUUUAGGACGUGACCCGCCAGCACAAUGUUCCGCAGGACCAGUUGGAGAUGAUCUAUUUCACUGGCAAGCGACGAUAAUGGGGCCGCCUGAUAGCCCAUACCAAGGUGGAGUGUUCUUCCUUACGAUACAUUUUCCAACAGAUUAUCCUUUUAAACCACCGAAGGUAUCAUUUACGACAAGAAUAUAUCACCCAAACAUAAACAGCAAUGGCAAUAUUUGUCUUGAUAUCUUACGAUCACAGUGGAGUCCAGCCCUAACAAUUUCUAAGGUUCUUUUGUCGAUAUGUUCGUUGCUCACGGAUCCAAAUCCAGAUGAUCCAUUAGUGCCAGAUAUAGCACGUAUAUACAAAACAGACAAAGCUAAAUAUGAAACUGUGGCUAAGGAGUGGACUCGGAAGUAUGCCAUGUGAACUUUGGUGGAUUCUUGUUUCUGCCUAUCCAUCUGUUUUGUGCUCAAAGUAAAGUCUUGCUUUUGUCUUGAAACUGCUUACCUUUAUCAAUAUGGAUUUUCCUUGUUUAUCUGUAAGUUAUUGUAAGUACUUUAUAGUGUACUUUACCAUUUGUACAUUGAUCUCAUGUCAUGGGUGAUGUCUCUGUUCAUCGCAACUUAGUUGGGUAUCCUCAAAUAAUUAUGGUUACCGUAGUAGCAACCUGUGAUUACAGUGAAGCUUUGACUUAAAAAAAAAAAAAAUUAAUGGAUAUCAAUCAUAGCAGUUAAGUCUUUUAAAACUACACUAGGUAGACAUUUGUACAGUGACAGUGCCAGAGUUUGAAUUGUGGGCAUCAAGUAAAUAUUGUGGGAGGUGUAUUAAAAAAAUAUAUACAAUUGUGAAUUUUAAACUUAUGUUUACCAUAUCUUGGUCAGUUGUACAAGAAUGUUAUUUCUAAUACAUGCAUAGUUGUUUUUGGUUACAUUUUGUCAAAAUUGUAAGCUUGGUUGCUAGUGUUAUUAAUGGCUUUCUGAGGCUAUUAAUGGCACACUCAUCAACCCUUGUUGCCAUAUUAUGUACAAAUAAUUAAUUGUUUACAUGUGUUUGUUUGCUGAACCAUGAACAAAGCCUCAUGCACUGAAUUUCUGCAAAGUAAUUUGACCAUCAUGCUGGAUCAUGUAACUGCCAACUUAGGUUAUGAGGUGGCAAGAGCAAGAACAAAAUACUCCUACUAGUGGUGAGGGUUGAGAUUAUCCCCAGUUUCAUUCCCACACUAAGAUUUGUUGUGAUAGCAGUUUUCCCUCCCCCACCUUCUUGCCAUAGAAGUAUAAAAAAUUUUACUCAAGACAGGACAACUUUAUUUGUGAUCCUAGCUCACAAGUUACCUGGGUUGGUGGCUCCUUGAUCACAGUUUUCCCUCCCCCACCUUCUUGCCAUAGAAGUUUAAAAAAUUUUCCUUAAGACAGGACAACUUUAUUUGUGAUCCUAGCUCACAAGUUACCUGGGUUGGUGGCUCCUUGAUCACACUUUUUAAAUAUAGUGAUUUUUUGAACAGAGUAUAGAGAUGUUCAGUACUGGAGUCAGUUUAAGUGUGCAGUGCCCAUUUGUCUUUGUGUUGAAUUUUUGAAAUGGUUUCAAAUGUCACUGUACUGCUCUGAAUAUUGAUAUGGCUAAAUUAUUUCUUUUGUUUGUAGUGAAUUUUUUUUUCUGAGUUGAGUCCUUUUUCAUUUGUACAUAAUUUACAUUUGCAGCAUUUUGGGCAUUUUCAGGCAAACUGCUUUCAACACCUAAAUUCUCCUCGGAAAAUAGACUGACAAGCCACUAGGCGGCUACUUGUGAAUGCGUAUAUUUGUGAUUACCAGUACUAAGGAGGAAUUAGGUGCUUGUCUGUUGUACUGAAAAUGUCUUAACCUACAUUUUUUACUAUCGAAGUUUUUUAUUGUAAAUCCUCUCUGUUUCAGUAUUAGUUGGCUGUAGUGUAGCCUGUAACUGAUAUUAAAUAAUUUUAUGUCUCUCCUGUUACGUUUAUUUUAAUAAUAAAGCUCUCUGCAGUUGCAAUAACUC